AUGUGUAUCUGUCUGUCUUUUUCAGUGGUCACAGGAGCUACCGAUGGGAUUGGAAAAGCCUAUGCAGAAGAGCUGGCAAGACGUGGAAUGAAGGUGGCCCUAAUCAGUAGGUCGAAAGACAAACUGGACCAGGUUGCAAGCGAAAUAAGGGAGAAGUACAAAGUGGAAACAAAAGUCAUCGUGGCAGACUUUGGAGAGAGAGAAGAUAUUUACGGUAGAAUCGCAGCGGGAUUGGAAGGCCUGGAGAUCGGUGUUUUAGUCAACAACGUGGGGAUUUCGUAUGUUUAUCCUGAAUAUUUUCUUGAUGUUCCAGACCUGGACAAAACCAUCGACAAAAUGAUCAACAUCAACAUCAUGGCCGUGUGUAAGAUGACACGACUGGUGCUGCCCGGCAUGGUGGAAAGAUCCAAAGGGGUCAUCCUGAAUAUCUCCUCAGCUGCUGGGAUGUACCCAACUCCCCUGCUGACUCUUUACUCCGCAACCAAGGCUUUUGUGGAUUACUUCUCCCGAGGCCUCCAUGCAGAAUACAAGAGCAAGGGCAUCAUCGUGCAGAGUGUUCUACCCUAUUACGUGGCAACAAAAAUGUCCAAGAUCCGCAAACCGACGUUCGAUAAACCCAGUCCUGAAACCUACGUCCGAGCGGCCUUGGGCACGGUGGGACUGCAGUCCCAGACCAACGGGUGCCUGCCCCAUGCCCUCAUGGGAUGGAUCUUCUCACUUCUACCUACACCUACUGCCAUUAAUUUGCUCAUGAAAACGAACAAACAAAUACGGGCUCGUUAUUUGAAAAAAAUGAAGGAGAAGUAAGUUGGAGACAACUUGAUGUGGGAAGCCUGGGAGUCCCACAGGUUCCCCGCCCACGCUGCAGCACCGCGCGGACCUAACCAUCUUCAACAUCUUCAAUCCUAGGGUGUACUUUCUAACAAGCAAAAACCAGUCUUCGUUUUGAGGAUACAGGUGAAACAAGACUGGUGACUUCUAAUAUCGAUUUAAAAAAAAAUAGGCUUUAUUUGUUUAUAGGUAUUAUGAGGUGGGGAGGGGGGGGAAAGCGCUUCGGACUAAAAUUGCACUGUGCUUUAAGAAAUACUUACAUGGACUUGAUCAGACAUUGUGCUGUUGAGGAACAGCUUGGUUUAUAGCGUCCAUCACAUCUACGUAUUGUGUAGAAAAAAAAAAAACAGGGCAGAAAAAUAGUAGUUCUCACACAUUUCUGGACGGGUGGGGAGGAGUGGGAAGGGAGCGUAUUUAUUUCAAGAGGUUACCUAGCACUGUUGACAGAGCAUAACUUUUUUUCCCAGUUCAGGUUUUGGGUAUUUGGAAGGAUUCUGCAUCAUCAGGCAGCUGAUGGGCGCUCCCCUGCUUACGUGAUUCAGUGGGAUUUUUUUUGGAGGGGGUGGUGGUUAUGAACUUUGAGGGAAUUGGGCCAAAACCAAAACGGAGUGAGUGUAACCACUCAUCUAUAAAUAUAUACAUAAAAUAACAUCGCACAAAUGAUUUCAAUUCCUGGUUCUGAAAGAAUGGAUUCUAACUUUUCAGUAAUAUGUAAUCUUUACGAUUUGUAAUAACAUUUUUCAAAGUUCAGUGCCUGCUCUUUGUCAUAGGUGGUGAUAACACACAAUGUAGAUAAAUGUCACGAGUUACGCCGUUCCGUGCUGGUUGGUACGUUAAAGAUUAUGGGCACUUUAAAUGCAGAGCUUGAAAUGAGUUACGCUCCUCGUUAGCGUCGAGGGUUGAAAUUCGUUUUGAAGUACGUAUCAGUCUGUCUUUUUGGUGAGGCCCUUCGAAACGCGAACCCUGAAUAUUUGAAGACAGCUUUUAAAAAUGAGAAGCAGUGAACUUCUUUAGAGGUAGAACGUUCUUAAUUUAAUUGGGUUUGACUGAUUUGUUUUGUGUUUUUUUUCCAAAACGGUGUGCUGUAGUGAGGCUGAAGUUACCCAGCUCCAGGCGAUCAGAGAAGCCUGCACUGCUGUUGUCUGUAUUUACCUACACUUGCAAUAAAGAUUUUGGUCUCUAACAUUUCUUUCUAUAACAUAAAAUAUACUGAAACUUCCAAGGUGAAUCAAAUUGCAAGCAGCUUGCCAGUACUUUCUGUGGCAACUUUCUGUGGUUGAAGAGUGGAGGUUGUUUUCUGUCCUUGAAAGAAUUUCAAGCUCUGAUUUUGAAGUAAAGUUAUGUUGUACCGAGACGUGAUUUGGGGCUAACAUUUCUGUACAUUGCAAAAAAAAAACCAAACAACCUGAAUACCGAUGCAAUGGUGCUGAUCAAAUCUGAGUUUUCUUAAUUUUUUGGAACAGGAAAGGUGAAGUCAGUGGUAUUAGUUCUGUAAGAGAACAUUGAAUUGGUUGGCUCUGGGUCUGACGUGGAAGCAUUGGACUAAACAAUCUGUAUGGUGGACUUUGUAAAACAAAUAAAAUGGAAUUUACUCUGAA